CGACUAAAUGCUUAAACAAUGGACAGUCGACGACCACUUUUUUGAGCUUCUGUUACUUAUAGGUCGCUACAAUCUUGUGAAGACAAUCUUGAAGUCAGCUAAGUGUUAAAUAAAAUAAGUUUUCUACCAACUUCCUGUCAAAAUAAACGCCUUAGGUGUCAUACAAAUUUCAACAAAUUCAUUGGAAUAUUCGAUUUAUUCUUCAAUUUUUUACAUUUACAACAUUUUUUUUAAAAUUAGUGUCAGGAAAUAUCCUAAAUUCUAUGCAGUUUAAAAUAGUAGCCAAUUUCUGGGAUUUUUAAAAUUAAAAAGUGUAUUUGUUUCUUUCUCGGUAUGGUUUCAUUAAGUAUUCACCUCGCCUCCAUUCCUCCGGUUUUGAUCUGGGAAGAGGAUUGUCCGAUUUGUUUAUUGGUUUGAUUCCCCCCCCCCUCCUUUUCGGUUAGAGCAGCUUUAGGAUUAAAAUAACCAUGUUUGGCACUUCGAUAAUUAAUCUUGUUUUGGGGGGCUUGGGGUGUAUCAAGGAACGAUCUUUUAAUUUUGUUGCAUUUAACUGAAUGAUUCGUGCGUUUAACAAUGUUGUCAAGGUUUCAAAUAAAUAUACAAACACUAUACGAUAUUAACAUUGGGAAGGGGAAAAAAUCGUUAAUUUUAUUUCUUUACAACGCUUGAAUUAAAAGUAGAGGGAAAGAAAAUAAUCUCUUUAAAAAAAAACAAAAGUAGAUCUUUCCAAACUGUUCAUAUGGGUGACACAAUGUUUAGACACACAUCAGUUUCCGACACAGUGAGUCAGUUUAUCAUCAUAUCAGUGGGGCGGGGAUAAACUAACACAUUUUAAGACAUACGGGCGCAAACAUAAAGUUUCAUAACCUAAUGUAUUUUGACACAACAUUUAUCACGAAAUUUUUUAUAUUUUUAAAUCAAUUUUGAAAUGCAAAAUUCAAAAGCUAAACCUCAGUUCGUACAUCAUUUAAAAAUAAUCCAAUCAUUAGUUGUUUCAGCUACUACUACUUCUUCUUCUCGUUCAGUGAGUGAAAGUUUGAUCGCUGAGUUGAAAGCGAUGGACUCAUCAUCCAAUCGGUGUCUGGAAUUUUCGCAUUUAAGGAUGAACAUUUUUUGGAGCGAUGUCGCUGGUCCACAAUUAGCGAUCUAGCAUUCCAAUUAGCGAUCUAUCAUUCCAAUUAGCGAUCUAGCAUUCCAAUUAGCGAUCUAUCAUUCCAAUUAGCGAUCUAGCAUUCCAAUUAGCGAUCUAUCAUUCCAAUUAGCGAUCUAGCAUUCCAAUUAGCGAUCUAGCAUUCCAAUUAGCGAUCUAGCAUUCCAAUUAGCGAUCUAGCAUUCCAAUUAGCGAUCUAGCAUUCCAAUUAGCGAUCUAGCAUUCCAAUUAGCGAUCUAGCAUUCCAAUUAGCGAUCUAGCAUUCCAAUUAGCGAUCUAGCAUUCCAAUUAGCGAUCUAGCAUUCCAAUUAGCGAUCUAGCAUUCCAAUUAGCGAUCUAGCAUUCCAAUUAGCGAUCUAGCAUUCCAAUUAGCGAUCUAGCAUUCCAAUUAGCGAUCUAGCAUUCCAAUUAGCGAUCUAGCAUUCCAAUUAGCGAUCUAGCAUUCCAAUUAGCGAUCUAGCAUUCCAAUUAGCGAUCUAGCAUUCCAAUUAGCGAUCUAGCAUUCCAAUUAGCGAUCUAGCAUUCCAAUUAGCGAUCUAGCAUUCCAAUUAGCGAUCUAGCAUUCCAAUUAGCGAUCUAGCAUUCCAAUUAGCGAUCUAGCAUUCCAAUUAGCGAUCUAGCAUUCCAAUUAGCGAUCUAGCAUUCCAAUUAGCGAUCUAGCAUUCCAAUUAGCGAUCUAGCAUUCCAAUUAGCGAUCUAGCAUUCCAAUUAGCGAUCUAGCAUUCCAAUUAGCGAUCUAGCAUUCCAAUUAGCGAUCUAGCAUUCCAAUUAGCGAUCUAGCAUUCCAAUUAGCGAUCUAGCAUUCCAAUUAGCGAUCUAUCAUUCCAAUUAGCGAUCUAGCAUUCCAAUUAGCGAUCUAGUAUUCCAAUUAGCGAUCUAGCAUUCCAAUUAGCGAUCUAUCAUUCCAAUUAGCGAUCUAUCAUUCCAAUUAGCGAUCUAGCAUUUCAAUUAGCGAUCUAUCAUUCCAAUUAGCGAUCUAGCAUUCCAAUUAGCGAUCUAGUAUUCCAAUUAGCGAUCUAGCAUUCCAAUUAGCGAUCUAUCAUUCCAAUUAGCCAUCUAUAAUUCCAAUUAGCGAUCUAGCAUUCCAAUUAGCGAUCUAGCAUUCCAAUUAGCGAUCUAGCAUUCCUAUUAGCGAUCUAUCAUUCCAAUUAGUGAUCUAGCAUUCCAAUUAGCGAUCUAGCAUUCCAAUUAGCGAUCUAGCAUUCCAAUUAGCGAUCUAUCAUUCCAAUUAACGAUCUAGCAUUCCAAUUAGCGAUCUAGUAUUCCAAUUAGCGAUCUAGCAUUCCAAUUAGCGAUCUAUCAUUCCAAUUAGCGAUCUAGCAUUCCAAUUAGCGAUCUAGCAUUUCAAUUAGCGAUCUAUCAUUCCAAUUAGCGAUCUAGCAUUUCAAUUAGCGAUCUAGCAUUCCAAUUAGCGAUCUAUCAUUCCAAUUAGUGAUCUAGCAUUCCAAUUAGCGAUCUAGCAUUCCAAUUAGCGAUCUAGCAUUCCAAUUAGCGAUCUAUCAUUCCAAUUAGCGAUCUAUCAUUCCAAUUAGCGAUCUAGCAUUCCAAUUAGCGAUCUAGCAUUCCAAUUAGCGAUCUAUCAUUCCAAUUAGCGAUCUAGCAUUCCAAUUAGCGAUCUAUCAUUCCAAUUAGCGAUCUAGCAUUCCAAUUAGCGAUCUAGUAUUCCAAUUAGCGAUCUAGCAUUCCAAUUAGCGAUCUAUCAUUCCAAUUAGCGAUCUAGCAUUCCAAUUAGCGAUCUAGUAUUCCAAUUAGCGAUCUAGCAUUCCAAUUAGCGAUCUAUCAUUCCAAUUAGCGAUCUAGCAUUUCAAUUAGCGAUCUAGCAUUUCAAUUAGCGAUCUAUCAUUCCGAUUAGCGAUCUAUCAUUCCGAUUAGCGAGAUAUCAUCCCGAUUUGUGAGCUACUAUCCCAUGUUAGCUCAUACUCAGCUGUUAUUGAACACUUUUCUUCUUUCCCGUUCCGUUUCCUUAUCAUCAUCUUGUGUCCCCAUUGUGAGACACACACGUGAUUUCUCCGGUUACCGGAAAUUUGAUCGAAAGAAAUUUCGUCGACGGUAAACUGAUCGACGGUAAUUUGAUCGAACGCAAAUUUGGUCGAAUCUUUUUUUCCGUUCGCACUUUGAAAUUUUCGUCAAAUUUCUUUUUGAACGCACUAUAUUAUUUAGUAAAACAAAAUAAUUCGUUCAAAAAGAAAUUUGAUGCAAAAUUGUUACGUAAAAAUUGAAAACAAGAUUCGACCAAAUUUCCGUUCGAUCAUAGUACCGUCGACCAAUUUACCGUCAACAAAAUUUCUUUCGAUCAAAUUUCCGGAUACGGAUUUCUCCCGCUGUUAUUUUCCCAUUUGUCCUUAAAUUCUGGUCUUUGUUUAAAUCAAAUAUUCAUGUAUGUCAGUGAGAUACAGAUGCCCUUUUUGUGCUCAAAUGUUGUUUUGAAUUAGAUUGCAAAUCUGAUUUUUGCCAAUUAUAUCAAAUAAAAUUAGGCUAAAAUGAUUUCCCUCAAUUCGUAUCAAUGACAAGCAGACGAGAAGCACCUGAAUUCCUCAGAGCCAACGCAUUUCUGGAUUUAAUUUCAACUUUUUAAAAAAUUUGACCCAAUUUAAAAAAAAAAAAAAUUAGAAAAAUGACAUUGGCUGAAGCGGUCUGAAUUUUCAUAAUUGAACCUCGGCGUCACUUUAUCGCCGCAUCACUUUAUCAACACAUCACUUUAUCAACACAUCACUUUAUCAACACAUCACUUUAUCAACACAUCACUUUAUCAACACAUCACUUUAUCAACACAUCACUUUAUCAACACAUCACUUUAUCGCCACAUCACUUUAUCAACACAUCACUUUAUCAACACAUCACUUUAUCAACACAUCACUUUAUCGCCGCAUCACUUUAUCAACACAUCACUAUAUCAACACAUCACUUUAUCAACACAUCACUUUAUCAACACAUCACUUUAUCAACACAUCGCUUUAUCAACACAUCACUUUAUCAACACAUCACUUUAUCAACACAUCACUUUAUCGCCGCAUCACUUUAUCAACACAUUCUCUUACUUCAUUUCUAUACGUUUUUGUUUUCAAGUCUAAAAGAAUGCGCUGCAGUUGGUAGAGCUUAUUUUUGCGCGACUCACAUCAACACUACAGGCGACACACUUCUGUGUCGCUACACACACUAUUUUGUCGCUACACACACUACUGUCUCGCUACACACACUACUGUGUCGCUACAUCACUACUGUGUCGCUACAGCACUACUGUGUUUCUACACACACUACUUUGUCGCUACACACACUACUGUGUCGCUAUGCACUACUGUGUCUCUACAUCACUACUGUGUCGCUACACACACUAUUUUGUCGCUACACAUCUACUGUGUCGCUACACACAGUUUGGGAAGCACUGGUCUAAAACACUAACCCUCCCCACAUAAAGCACCAUCCAGAAGUAGGUAAUGCUUUGCAUAUGCCAAAAAGGAUUUUCCGUUUGGGGCAAACAAAUCCGUGUCGCUUUUGAAAAGAUAUCUUAAUCUAUGGGUGGCGCUUAAACGUUUAGAUCUAUGUUCAGAGAUAAGUCUAGAUAGUCACAAAGGAUACAUCUUAAGAGAUAUAAGGAACGAGGCUAAAGAGAUGCACAAGUCUGAAGAGAUACAAAUGUCUAAUGAGAUACAAAAGUCUCAAGAGAUACAAAAGUCUGAAGAGAUAAAAUAGUCUAAAGAGAUACAAAAGUCUCAAGAGAUACAAAAGUCUGAAGAGAUAAAAAAAUUCUAAAGAGUUACAAAAGUCUAAAGUGGUACAACAAAUAAGUCUAAAGAGAUUCAAUGCAAGAGAUAAUCUUAAGAGAUACAAGAGAUAACAAAGAAGAUGUGAUUUUCUUUUGUUUACAGAUAUUAUUAGGAGAGAUGUGACGUAGUUAAAAUUAUAGACUUAAACAACUGACUUAAGUGUUACAAAAACAAGAACUGUUGUAGGUGAUUGCGGGCACUGGGACGACGAAACACAAAGACAAUGUUUAAGAUUGAUGAGCCUGAAACAAUCGCUGGUACGUUUGACCUGUACAAGGCACAGGCAGCGGCUCACUUCAGACACGGAGACUACCACCAGUCCAUCGACAGCCUGACCACUGUGAGUAGUAGGUUGGUGGGGUUUUAGACUACUACCAGUCCAUAGCCAGUCUCACUCCUGUGAGUAGUAGGUUGGUGAAAUUAUAGACUACCGCCAGUCAAUCGACAGCCUCACCACUAUGGGUAGUAGGUUGGUGGGGUUUUAGACUACUUCCAUGUCCAUCCUCACCACUGUGACUGGUAGGUUGGUGUUGUUUUGAAGACUACCACCAGCCCAUAUCCUGCCUCACCACCAGUCCAUAUCCAGCCUCACCACUGUGCGUAGAAGAAUGGUGUUGUUUGGUACUAUAUGAAUAUGUUACGAUAGAGUUGGUGAAGGGACAUUCGUAGGCCGAACUUAUAGACACUUAUUGGAAUGAACACGAUGACCCGCCAGAUAGUCAAGUGCAAAAGGAAUCCGUUUUGUGUUAGGGACAAAACACUGACCAUUGUAAAGUUAGCAAGGGGUAAUGAUAUAAGGAAUUAAAAUUCUGCCCAACUAAAUGGCAAAACGUAAAAAAAAAAUAUUGACUGCAUGUAAUAACCUGAGUGUUGACCUAGUUCGAGUCGUGGCAUGCAACCCUGACCUACCCUUUGUUUUGUUAAUGACGUCACCAUUGAACUUGGUGACACGUGCUGCCAAUACAUUUACCCCACCGCCCUUGAUUGAGAAAGUGUUUACGUUUCCAGAAGGGUCUACAUGGAGAGAGAUACUAGAGUUUCUGCUCUGUGGGGCUCUUACUUCCUCAUCAUAAAUACGACGGUAGACUGUGACCGGCAGACAUUUCUUUAACAUGACUUACAGACCUACAGGAGCCCUAAAAGACUUCCUAGAUUUUCACUGUGUGUGUGGAUUAAUAUUUGUACCUUUCUAGUAUUCUUUAGUUCUCUUUCUGUGCCCCCAAACAAGGGAAUUCUUUUCCAUUACACAUCCACAAAAUACCGACCAUCACAGCCUUCAAAACUGCUCUCAAAACACAUCUCUUUAAACCCUACUAUCCUGACUGAUUCCCCCCUCUGACCGAAUAACGAUGCCACUGGAUGUCGUUCAUGGCUUGACAUGUAAAUAGUUUUAAAUAUACAUUUUUUUGUUUUAUUUAAUUAAUAUAUGUUUUUUAAUUAAUUUUUAUUUUUUUUUUAUUAUGUUUGUUAAAUUGUAUGUACAGCGUGGUGAGCUUAGCCCUAGACUGGGGUACCACGCUAAAAAAAAACACUUAUAAUAAUAAUAAUAAUUUUUUUUUUCGCAUCCUGUUGUGUAAUUUUAAUAUAAUUUUUAUUUUUGUACAUUUUAUUUGGCUGGCUAUGCUAUUAUACCACCUCUUAGCGUGGCGUGCUAUGCUAUUAAUCACUGCCUCUUAGCAUAGCAUGCUAUGCUAUUUAGCACCACCUCUUAGCGUGGCGUGCUAUGCUAUUUAGCACCACCUCUUAGCGUGGCGUGCUAUGCUAUUUAGCACCACCUCUUAGCGUGGCGUGCUAUGCUAUUUAGCACCACAUCUUAGCAUGGCGUGCUAUGCUAUUUAGCACCACAUCUCAGCGUGGCGUGCUAUGCUUUGCUAAAACCCAAUUCCUAGUCACGAGUCAAACCGCAAUAGUUGGAAAAAAAAUUUCUGAACAAUGAUAUCUGAAACAUGAUAUCUGGUAUAGGAUAUCUGAAAUAUUGUAUCUGAAAUAUGUUAUCUGAAAAAGAGGAUAUAUGAAAUAUGACGUCUGAAACUUGAUAUCGGAGAUUUGAUAUCGUAAUAAAACUAUGAUACCUGAAAUAUGAUAUCUUAAAUAUAAACAAUGUGACGAGGGAACAGUCGGAAAAUGACCUGCCGGUGCUUAGUAAAUUUCGUCCUGUGGAGGUUAAAGUUUCCAUGGUGAUGGUACAACUAAAGGACAUUGUGCAGGCUUUGUGUAUCGACUCAUAAUUUCGGUAAAAGCACAUGGUUUUUGGUCACAUUAUAGUUUGUAGAUUAUUGACGCUAUUUAAAAACCUUUUACUUAAGAGGCACAAACCUACAAACUGUGGCACAAGCCUACAACCUGGCGGCACAUCCCAGCAAAAACGGAUGUUCUUUCUAAAUGUAGUUCCAUAUUUUAAUGGGCUCCUCCACUUUCAUCUAUCAGGCACUUCAGCUGAAACCCGAUGACCGCAUGUGUUUGGUGAACCGCUCAAAAUGCCACCUGAUGCUGGGGAACACGAGCAAAGCCUUGCAAGAUGCAGAGGCGUCACUUGCAGAGAACAAAAACUACCAUAGGGUAAGUCGAGUUUAAAUACAAGAUGGCGGCGAUGGGAAGGUUUUGAAGCUAGUACUUGGUUAGUGGAGCUAGUAUUUGGCUAAUGGAGCUAGUACUUGGCCAAUGGAGCUAGUACUUGGCCAAUGGAGCUAGUUCUUUGCCUAUGGAGCUAUUACUUGGCCUAUGGAGCUUACUUGGCCAAUGGAGCUAGUACUUGGCCAAUGGAGCUUACUUGGCCAAUGGAACUAGUACUUGGGCAAUGGAGCUAGAACUUGGCCAAUGGAGCUUACUUGGCCAAUCGAGCUAGUACUUUGCCAAUGGAGCUAGUACUUGGCUAAUGGUUUGGGGGAUACUGAUUUGGUUAGAUUUGUCAAGAAAUUAAGGAUUAGAUGCAAUGAAUAUAUAUACUCUGGUGUUCCCAUCACAAUGCAGAUCUCAUUAAUGUAAAUAUCUCUAAACAUGUUCACAGUUUUUGACGAUUGUAUAUAUUGAUGUUCAUUAGGGCCUAACUUCUUUAAUUGGCUGUGUCUGUUUCAGGCGAUGUUUCAUAGGGCCUAACUUCUUUAAUUGGCUGUGUCUGUUUCAGGCGAUGUUUCAUAGGGCCUAACUUCUUUAAUUUGCUGUAUCUGUUUCAGGGCAUGUUUCAUAGGGCCUAACUUCUUUAAUUGGCUGUGUCUGUUUCAGGGCAUGUUUCAUAGGGCCUAACUUCUUCAAUUGGCUGUAUCUGUUUCAGGGCAUGUUUCAUAGGGCCUAACUUCUUUAAUUGGCUGUUUCUGUUUCAGGCGAUGUUUCAUAGGGCCUAACUUCUUUAAUUGGCUGUAUCUGUUUCAGGCAAUGUUUCAUAGGGCCUAACUUCUUUAAUUGGCUGUAUCUGUUUCAGGGCAUGUUCCAUAGGGCCUAACUUCUUUAAUUGGCUGUUUCUGUUUCAGGCGAUGUUUCAUAGGGCCUAACUUCUUUAAUUGGCUGUAUCUGUUUCAGGGCAUGUUCCAUAGGGCCUAAGUUCUUUACUUGACCGUCUCUGUUUCAGGGCAUGUUCCAAAAAGCUGAGGUCCUGUACAACGCCGGGGACUUUGAGUUUGCCUUAGUUUACUAUCACCGUGGUAACCGACUCCGACCAGAGCUGUUAGAGUUCCGCCUAGGGAUACAGAAAGCACAAGAAGCCAUCAUAAACUGCGUUGGGAGUGAGUAUAUCCUAUCAAUGUAGCGUGUGUCCACUAAGUUGUGAUUGAGUACGUCCUAUCAAUGUAGCGUGUGUCCACUAAGUUGUUAUUAAGUACGUCCUAUCAAUGUAGCGUGUGUGCACUAAGUUGUUAUUAAGUACGUCCUAUCAAUGUAGCGUGUGUCCACUAAGUUGUUAUUAAGUACGUCCUAUCAAUGUAGCGUGUGUCCACUAAGUUGUUAUUAAGUACGUCCUUUCAAUGUAGCGUGUGUCCAAUAAGUUGUUAUUAAGUACGUCCUAUCAAUAUAGUGUGUGCCCACUAAGUUGUUAUUAAGUACGUCCUAUCAAUGUAACGUGUGUCCCCUAAGUUGUGAUUGAGUACGUCCUAUGCAUGUAGCAUGUGUCCACUAAGUUGUGAUUGAGUACGUCCUAUCAAUAUAGCGUGUGUCCACUAAGUUAUGAUUGAGUACGUCCUAUCAAUAUAGUGUGUGCCCAGUAAGUUGUGAUUGAGUACGUCCUAUCAAUGUAGCGUGUGUCCACUAAGUUGUGAUUGAGUACGUCCUACCAAUAUAGCGUGUGUCCACUAAGUAGUGAUUGAGUACGUCCUAUCAAUAUAGUGUGUGUCCACUAAGUUGUGAUUGAGUACGUCCUAUCAAAGUAGCGUGUGUUCACUAAGUUGUGAUUGAGUACGUCCUAUCAAUGUAGCGUGUGUCCACUAAGUUGUGAUUAAGUACGUCCUAUCAAUAUAGUGUGUGCCAAGUAAGUUUUGAUUGAGCACGUCCUAUCAAUGUAGCGUGUGUCCGCUAAGUUGUGAUUGAGUACGUCCUAUCAAUAUAGUGUGUGCCCACUAAGUGGUGAUUGAGUACGUCCUACCAAUAUAGUGCGUGCCUACUAAGUGGUGAUUGAGUGCAUCCUAUCAAUAUAGUGUGUGUCCACUAAGUGGUGAUUGAGUACGUCCUAUCAAUAUAGUGUGUGUCCACUAAGUUGUGAUUGAGUACGUCCUAUCAAUGUAGUGUGUGCCCACUAAGUUGUGAUUGAGUACGUCCUAUCAAUAUAGUGUGUGUCCACUAAGAUGUGAUUGAGUACGUCCUAUCAAUAUAGUGUGUGUCCACUAAAUUGUGAUUGAGUACGUCCUAUCAAUGUAGCUUGUGUCCACUAAGUUGUGAUUGAGUACGUCCUAUCAAUAUAGUGUGUGCCCAGUAAGUUGUGAUUGAGUACGUCCUAUCAAAAAAGUGUGCCCAGUAAGUUGUGAUUGAGUACGUCCUAUCAAUAUAGCGUGUGCCCAGUAAGUUAUGAUUGAGUACGUCCUAUCAAUAUAGUGUGUGUCCACUAAGUUGUGAUUGAGUACGUCCUAUCAAUAUAGCGUGUGUAAACUAAGUUGUGAUUGAGUACGUCCUAUCAAUGUCGCGUGUGUCCACUAAGUUGUGAUUGAGUUCGUCCUAUCAAUAUAGCGUGUGCCCAGUAAGUUGUGAUUGAGUACGUCCUAUCAAUUUAGCAUUCUUCCACGAAGUUGUGAUUGAGUACGUCCAAUCAAUGUAGCAUGUGUCCACUAAGUUGUGAUUGAGUACGUCCUAUCAAUGUACCAUGUGUCCACUAAGUUGUGAUUGAGUACGUCCUAUAAAUGUAGCAUGUGUCCACUAAGUUGUGAUUGAGUACGUCCUAUCAAUAUAGUGUGUGCCCAGUAAGUUGUGAUUGAGUACGUCCUAUCAAUGUAGCGUGUGUUCACUAAGUUGUGAUUGAGUACGUCCUAUCAAUAUAGUGUGUGCCCAGUAAGUUGUGAUUGAGUACGUCCUAUCAAUGUAGCAUGUGUCCACUAAGUUGUGAUUGAGUACGUCCUAUCAAUAUAGCGUGUGCCCACUAAGUUGUGAUUGAGUACGUCCUAUCAAUAUAGUGUGUGCCCAGUAAGUUGUGAUUGAGUACGUCCUAUCAAUAUAGUGUGUGCCCAGUAAGUUGUGAUUGAGUACGUCCUAUCAAUAUAGUGUGUGCAUACUAAGUUGUGAUUGAGUACGUCCUAUCAAUAUAGCGUGUGCCCACUAAGUUGUGAUUGAGUACGUCCUAUCAAUAUAGUGUGUGAACACUAAGUUGUGAUUGAGUACGUCCUAUCAAUUUAGCAUGUGUCCACUAAGUUGUGAUUUAGGACGUCCUAUCAAUAAUGUGUGUGCACACUAAGUUGUGAUUGAACACGUCCUAUCAAUGUAGCGCGUGUCCACUAAGUUGUGAUUGAGUACGUCCUAUCAAUAGAGUGUGUGCCCACUAAGUUGUGAUUGAGUACGUCCUUCAAUUUAGUGUGUGCCCACUAAGUUGUGAUUGAGUACGUCCUAUCAAUAUAGUGUGUGCCCAGUAAGUUGUGAUUGAGUACGUCCUAUCAAUAUAGUGUGUGCCCAGUAAGUUGUGAUUGAGUACGUCCUAUCAAUAUAGUGUGUGCAUACUAAGUUGUGAUUGAGUACGUCCUAUCAAUAUAGCGUGUGCCCACUAAGUUGUGAUUGAGUACGUCCUAUCAAUAUAGCGUGUGUAAGUUGUGAUUGAGUACGUCCUAUCAAUAUAGUGUGUGCAUACUAAGUUGUGAUUGAGUACGUCCUAUCAAUAUAGCGUGUGCCCACUAAGUUGUGAUUGAGUACGUCCUAUCAAUAUAGCGUGUGUCCACUAAGUUAUGAUUGAGUACGUCCUAUCAAUAUAGUGUGUGCCCAGUAAGUUGUGAUUGAGUACGUCCUAUAAAUGUAGCCUGUGUCCACUAAGUUUUGAUUGAGUACGUCCUAUCAAUAUAGUGUGUGCCCACUAAGUUGUGAUUGAGUAUGUCCUAUCAAUAUAGUGUGUGCCCACUAAGUUGUAAUUGAGUACGUCCUAUCAAUAUAGUGUGUGCCCAGUAAGUUGUGAUUGAGAACGUCCUAUCAAUGUAGCGUGUGUCCACUAAGUUGUGAUUGAGUAUGUCCUAUCAAUAUAGCGUGUGUCCACUAAGUUGUGAUUGAGUACGUCCUAUCAAUAUAGCGUGUGCCCACUAAGUUGUGAUUGAGUACGUCCUAUCAAUAUAGUGAGUGCCCACUAAGUUGUGAUUGAGUACGUCCUAUCAAUAUAGCGUGUGCCCACUAAGUUGUGAUUGAGUACGUCCUAUCAAUAUAGUGUGUGCAUACUAAGUUGUGAUUGAGUACGUCCUAUCAAUAUAGCGUGUGCCCACUAAGUUGUGAUUGAGUACGUCCUAUCAAUAUAGCGUGUGCCCACUAAGUUGUGAUUGAGUACGUCCUAUCAAUAUAGUGUGUGCCCACUAAGUUGUGAUUGAGUACGUCCUAUCAAUAUAGUGUGUGCCCACUAAGUUGUGAUUGAGUACGUCCUAUCAAUAUAGCGUUUGCUCAAUAAGCCAAGCAUUAAAAAGUUAACUUUUAUUCACCUAGUUUUUAAAUUUUCCUUAAAGAUGUUUUGUUGCCUUAUGAUUUAUUUGUUACUUAAACUUUUAGCUCAAACUGGGCCUCUAACGAGUUCAAACCAGUGUAGUAAUACGGAUUAAAAUAACAUGUAAAAACAUUUUAGUAAUUAGAAAAUUCAAUGAAACUUGGUUUUUUGUUCUUUAAGGUCGUCAGAGUCAUUGACAUAGAACACACUUUAAAACUUGAUCAAAGAAUCAAAAUCAAUUUUCUAUAAAAGCAUGCUUUCUAUUCUCACUGACAUUGUAGUAGCUUUUCAAUGUUUGUAAAGUAGAGUACUACCGUUACGUUUAAUAAUAAAAAAAAAUUAAUAUUGUAACAUGUAAGUAAUUGAAAAAAUUUAUAUUGUAACAUGUAAGUCAUAGAAACAAUUUAAUAUUGUAACAUGUUAGUAGUAGAAACAAUUUAAUAUUGUAACACGUAAGUAAUAGAGACAAUUUAAUAUUGUAACAUGUAAGUAAUAGAGACAAUAUAAUAUUGUAACAUGUAAGUAAUAGAGGCAAUUUAAUAUUGUAACAUGUAAGUAAUAGAAAAAAAUUAAUUUUAUAGCAUGCAAGUCAUAGAAACAAUUUAAUAUUGUAACAUGUAAGUAAUAGAGACAAAAAUAAUAAUGUAACGUGUAAGUAACAGAUAAACACAUGUUGGUGCCCUCAUCCGUUCCUCAGCCCCUGACCGGGUCAAGCUCAACACGACUGGAGAUCUCUCGUUUUUCACCGCACAAGAUGAGGUAAGCUUUUGGGAUCGAGUGGUUUGGCAGCACGACCUGAUCAUAUUGAAAAGGGGAGCUUAUUAUCAUGUUAAAUCUGGCUUUAAAAUAAAGAGACGGUGUCUUAUUAAUUGGUGUUUCAUUUACUGAAUUGAAUAUAAAUUCAGUUUGACGGAAAUAAUAAAUUAUUUUGAUGUUAAAAAAUACAUUACGUACCUAAUUAUGCAAUUAAAUCCUUAUUUCAAUAAAAGUCUGAUUUUAUUGUAUUUAUGGAAACCGAAAGACACAAAUAUUUGUUUCUUGCAAAGGACCUACAGUCUUUGUUAUAACUGUGGGACUCUCAGCUGCCCUGCUAAUGAGUUCAUACGCUCUAUUUUUGUCUACACUUUUUAAAAGAAGCACCAUAUUAUAGUGGAACAUAGAAGAAAGCCCUUGACACCCUGCUUGUUUCAUGUUUCUUGAUAGUUUUGAUUAAAAAAUAGGAGACUUACUCUCCGUGUGUAUUACACAGCUGCUCAUGUCAAUGUGUUUCUCUUUUUGUCGCCGCUCAGAAAAGGAAGAGGAAAGGUUUUAGUUCGUCCUGUGGGAAGAGGCCUCAGGUCAUCGCUAAGAAGAAAAAAGAGAAGUCAGGCAACGAGACAACCAUUCGACAGAUGUUGGGAGAGCUGUACGGGGACAGGCAGUAUCUGGAGAAGUUACUUAAAGAAACAGGUAAAAAAAAAGGCAGUAUCUGGAGAAGUUACUUAAAGAAACAGGUAAAAAGGCAGUAUCUGGAGAAGUUACUUAAAGAAACAGGUACAAAAGGCAGUAUCUGGGGAAGUUACUUAAAGAAACAGGUAAGUAAGAAAACACCUGGAGAAAAUAAUUUAAGAAACAGAAACAUGAAGUCUAUUUAUGGAGAAAUGACUGAUAGAAAAGAAUCACUUUGGUCAUUGCCAUAGAGGAUUUUGACAUGUUAGACUUGAGACAGAGACGCCCACGGGCCAGACACAAUUCACACAGCUACUUUGUGUUGUCUGUUAUAAGAAUGAUACCCGAUCCUCUUACACGUUAACAGGGCGAAAAUUGCCGGUUUUAUUUGACACUAACCAAAAUGGAUCACGGUCAGUAGAGUUAUCUUAUACGGAACGAAUUGUUAAAUCCGACCUUUGAACUCUAAUCAUAAUUUUUUUAACAAGUUUUGUUUCGUAUAAGACGAGUCUAGCAUACCGUGACUUUUUAAAGUGAUCAUCUGUUAAAUGAGGUUUUAAAUUUUAAUUUUGAAACCGAAAGUUGCUGUUAGGAUUUCAUUGUGUAGGUUAGACUUGUUGGUUCUCUUGAGGUGUGGCGUUUGGUGUGAGUGUUUUGAAAUAUCGAUGUCGUAUACACGUGCCAACUAUGUCAAAUCUCAUGCAGCACACGUACUUGAAAUGAAAAUCAUACAUGAUAAGCCUACCAAAAAAGUCACCUUGAAUAUAUCAUUAUCAUACAUAUUAAACUUGUGUCAUCUCUCUCUCUCCCCCCCCCUUAACCCCUGUACCAGACAAUAACAGUAUGACAGGUAAGAGGAUUAUCCGACAGGUGCAGGAGGGCCUGUCAUACUUGGACACCAGGACAGAGUUUUGGCAACAGGUGAGCAGCUGAAAGUCAGCUACAAGUUAAUUAUAUCUCCAAAAAAAGAGACCGUAGCAGUGGGAGGAUAUACAAGGAAUGCAUACGAGAUAACAGUGGUUUAAAAUAUGUGUACCACGAGCUGAACUCUUCAUUUUCAAUAUAGACAGACCCACACGCCAAGUUAAAGAGAUAGAUUGUGCUCAGAAAUUGAAAUAACAAUCGAUUAAAUUCCGGUUACAAAAUAUAAUUGCCUAAAUGAGUUCAGUUCAUCUUGUUCUCUAUUUAUUUUGAGACAGCCUCAAAUGUGUUCAGUUCGGGAAUCUGACCGAGGUGUAAACUCCUUGAUAAUAACAAUCGCCAUCUUUACUAUUACCUCUAACUAUGACAUAUUUCUUUUACUUCUCCUCCCUUCUGUUAAGCAGGGUAGGACAAUAUUGAUAUUUUACCAUUAAUCUCAAGCCAGGACUCCAGCGUGCAGCGUUAUUUCAAAUUAAGAUGACCGCUAAUGUUUGGAACCAUUAAAAAGAUUUUUGUUGAUGUGUUCGUUAUCCAUCUAUGUAGAGUCUGAUAGAUUCGUUUAAAGGUUAUGGCCAUUUUUGUGCAACUGCCUCUAAUGUAUGAGCGUUACAGCACACUGAUUCCACAGGUAAAACCCAUGUAUGCCAGGAAGUAUGAGGCCCGACUGGCUUUGAACAGGGGUCGCUCUAUGAAGACGUCACCGUAUGAUUACAUUAUAGCGGAGCUGGAAAAAAUAGACAAAAGUAAGUGGUAAUGUAGCUCUUGCUUGAAGUGAAGGUGACUUGUAUGUGUUUCUUGUUUUUGUGUAUGUGUGUGUGUGUGUGUGUGUGUGUUGGGAGGGGGGUGACUGCACAUCCUUUUCCAAGGUACUUCUUAAUUUUUCCAAGGUACUUCUUACUUUUCCAUGUACUUCUUACUUUUUCAGGGCAUUUCUUAUUUUUCCAGGGUACUUCUUACUUUUCCAGGGUACUUCUUACUUUUCCAGGGUACUUCUUACUUUUCUAGGGUAAUUCUUACUUUUCCAGGGUACUUCUUACUUUACCCCGUCGAAAAUUAAUAUUGACAAUCUUUAAAUAUUUUUUUAAACGGGAGAGGGUCAUUCAUUUUGGUAUCAGUGAUGUCAUUAUUUGUAUAUUUUGGUGUCAGUGAUGACAUUAUUUGUAUAUUAUUUUGGUGUCAGUGAUGACAUUAUUGGUAUAUUAUUUUGGUGUCAGUGAUGUCAUUAUUUGUAUAUUAUUUUGGUGUCAGUGAUGACAUUAUUGGUAUAUUAUUUUGGUGUCAGUUAUGACAUUAUUGGUAUAUUAUUUUGGUGUCAGUGAUGACAUUAUUGGUAUAUUAUUUUGGUGUCAGUGAUGACAUUAUUGGUAUAUUAUUUUGGUGUCAGUGAUGUCGUUAUGCGUAUAUCGUUUUGUGCAAGGGAUGACAUUAUUUGCAAAUGUUUUGUGUCAGUGAUGACCGAUCAGAACUACGAUGCUGCCCUCAAGAAAACGCAACGGGUGAUGGCCACCCUGGACUCCAUGACGGAGAUACAGCUGCCCAACAAGAUGACCUUCAAGGCUCAUCUCCACAGCCUCAUGGGCAACGCUUACCUGGAGCAGAGCGACUACGCGAAUGCGGCCGUCCAGCACCAGUUAGACUUGACUUUAGGAGAGGAACAGUGAGCAGCUCUUAGAAUUAGUCUGGUCAUUAUACUUAUUCUAGUCAUUAUACUUAGUCAAGUCACUUUACUUAGUCUAGUGUCAUUAUACUUAGUCUAGUCAUUUUACUUAGUCUAGUCAUUUUACUUAGUCUAGUCAUUAUACUUAGUCUAGUCAUUUUACUUAGUCUAGUCAUUAUACUUAGUCGAGUCAUUAUACUUAGUCUAGUCAUUAUACUAAGUCUAGCCAUUAUACUUAGUCUAGCCAUUUGCUUCGUUGAACCCAUUGACCAGUGAUGUCCAAACCGUAUGUCUCGACACACGUGUGUGUCCCCUGCAGGGUGUAGGAGUGUCGCGCGAAAAUAAGCCACACACACACAAACACACACAAACACACACAAAUGCAACACACAUACAAACACACACGAAUGCAACACACAUACAAACACACACAAAGACACACACAUAAACACACAAUUCCACACACAAACACACAUACACACAACCACAGCCACAAAAUCACACACACAAAAAAAGCACUUAACAAACACAAACAUUAAUUAUUGACAUUUAAGUAUUAUGUAAUGAACACAUUAUAUUGCGAAUGAUGAAUUCAAUAAGAAUAAUUUGACGGCACAUUGUGUUAAGAUGAAAACAUGUCUCGUCACAGUGUCAUAGAAGACGCCGAGUGUCGGGCCCUGGAUAACUUAGGCCGUGUGUACGCCAGGAGUGGGAAGUUCCAGAAAGCCAUUGACGUGUAAGUUGGGUUGGUUCAACAGACUUUCAAGGGAUGUAAAUGGAAGACUAUGAGGAUUUGGAGGGUGUGGUUGAUUAUGUGACCACUUGUGUGAGAUGGGUGGCCAGUUGUGUGAGAGGGAUGGCCAGUUGUGGGAGAUGGGUUUCCAGUUGUGUGAGAUGGAUAGCAAUUUGUGUAAGAUGGAUGGCCAGUUGUGUGAGAUGGGUAGCAAUUUGUGUGAGAUGGGUAGCCAGUUGCGUGAGAUGGGUAGCAAUUUUGUGUAAGAUGGGUAGCCAGUUGCGUGUGAUGGGUAGCAAUUUGUGUAAGAUGGGUAGCCAGUUGCGUGAGAUGGGUAGCAAUUUGUGUGGGAUGACUGGCCAUUUUUAUGAGAUGGGUGACCAUUUGUGAGAGAUGGGUAGCAAGUUGUGUUAGAUUUGGUGACCAGUUGUGUGAGAUUGGGUGGCCAGUUUUGUGAGAUUGGGUAGCCAGUUGUGUGAGAUAGGGUAGCAAUUUGUGUGAUAUGGGUGGCCAGUUGCGUGAGAUGGGUAGCAAUUUGUGUAAUAUGGAUGGCCAGUUGUGUGAGUUGGGUAGCAAUUUGUGUGAGAUGAGUAGCCAGUUGUGUGAGAUGGGUAGCAAUUUGUGUGAGAUGGGUGGCCAGUUGCGUGAGGUGGGUAGCAAUUUGUGUAAGAUGGGUAGCCAGUUGCGUGAGAUGAGUAGCAAUUUGUGUAAGAUGGGUGGCCAUUUUUGUGAGAUGGGUAGCAAUUUGUGUGGGCUGACUGGCCAGUUGUAAGAGAUGGGUGGCCAUUUGUGGAAGAUGGGUGGCAAGUUGUGUUAGAUUUGGUGAUCAUUUAUAUGAGAUUGGGUGAGCAGUUUUGUGAGAUUGGGUAGCCAGUUGUGUGAGAUGGGAUGGCCAGUUGUGUGAGAUGGGUGACCAGUUGUGGAGAUGGGGUAGCCAGUUGUGUGAGAUGGGUGACCAGUUGUGUAAGAUGGGUAGCCAGUUGUGUGAGAUGGGUGGCCAGUUGUGUAAGAUGGGUAGCCAGUUGUGUGAGAUGGGUGGCCAGUUGUGUGAGAUUGGGUGUUACGUGGCUUCUCAAACAAACCCAAUAAAUGUGUAUACUUGAUAUCGGUACUUUGGUUUCUAUCUGUUUUGUUUUAAUUCAUUAUCCCUUUUUUUAUGAUAUUUAUUUUGUAAUUUUGUCUGAGAGAUUUUCUCUUCACAAAUGUAUGUAAAUUAAAAUAAGUUAAGGGGGUUUUCCCCCAUUAAAUCAUAUUGUUAAAAUUUUACGGCAAUGACAGAUGGGAGAGAAAGCUCCCACGAAGUAAGGGCAUCCUGGAGACGACCUGGUUGUGUCACGAACUGGGAAGAUGUUACCUUGAACUUGGCGAGGCCAAAAGCGCCAAGGAAUACGGAGAGCGGGCCCUGGCCGCAGCGGAGGAGGCGGGAGACGAUAGGUGGCAGCUCCACGCACUGGUGCUGAUAUCACAGGCCGAGGGUAUGUAAUGACCGUAUACUUUAGAAACAGGGGAAAUAUUAGAGAGUAGGAUGACUUUAAGAAGCCAUAACAAGCAGACACACACACACACAUACAAGUUGAUAGAUCCUUGUUAGAAUUUCUGCUGGUUAAUAUGUAUUUGGACCAGACAUUUCCUUUUCCGAGCGCAACAUAGCUGGUAGAAGAGUGGGGCAAUGUUGCUUUAAAGAAGAGUGGGCAGUUAUUAAAAUGGACCGAUCCGGUUUUACAAUAAAACACAUAUUUUGAACCUCAUUUCAUUCCGUCUCCUCUCUUGCCACAAAACAGUGAAAGCCAAACGACUCGCCUCGUCCCUCAUCAGUUUUGAACGGGCUUUUGAGAUGGCAGGAUUGCUGAGUAAGUCGUUAAAUUUACUUUGACUGUACACUUAUUUGUGCUUCAUUGUUAGUGAACGCUGUACAAAAACGUGUCUCUUGGAUUGACCCAACAAUAACAAUUCAUAUCAUCAGUACGUAUUUAAAGGAAUUGCGAAGCAUUUAAUUAUAGUUUUGUUUGUUCUCUUAAGGACUAUGAUAAAAAGCAGCAUCAACUUAUUAAAAUGUGAACUUUUUCCUUUCUAGCUUAUGUAAUCAAACUACUUUUCUUGAAAGGUGUCCAAUUUAAGUAACAUCUUAUUGUGCUGAAAAUGUAGUGAAGUUAUGCUUGAAUACAACGUAUUCGUUGGUGCAUUUUAAGGGUACAUUAUUCGUCACCAUAACCCUCCUUAAAACGUGAAAUGACUAACAUUCUCAACCCACAUUCUCAACCCAAAUUUACAACCCACAUACUCAACCCACAUUCUCAACCCAUAUUAUCAACUCACAUUCUCAACCCACAUUCUCAACCCACAUUUACAACCCACAUACUCAACCCACAUUCUCAACCCACAUUCUCAACCCAAAUACUCAAACCACAUUCUCAACCCUCAUUCUCAACCCACAUAAUCAAGCCACAUUCUCAACCCACAUUCUCAACCCAAAUACUCAACCCACAUUCUCAACCCUCAUUCUCAACCCACAUAAUCAACCCACAUUCUCAACCCAAAUACUCAACCCACAUUCUUAAGCCCACAUUCUCCACUCACAUCUUUGAAACUAGUGGACGAGGAGGCCCAGGUCGCUAUUAAGAGAGCUAUUGAUGAGGUCAACAUAAAAAUAACAGAGAGAGAGAUAGACGGAGGGGAGGAAAGGGAAGGUCACCGGAUAUCCCAGGAUCCUCAAACGGUAAGAUGUGGUUCCCCUACUCUUAUUGUUGGUAAUUCACAAAUUCAAUUGCUACAAACAGUGUAUAACAUCAAAAUAAUUAGAACUAGCAGUAGUACCCUCACGGGGGUGGGGGGGGGGGGUGUUAAGUUAGCAACAUAAGAACCUUUGCGAACAUUCUAGAAAAUUCGACAUCCAGUGCGACCUCCUUUUUGUAAGAGCAGAAACAUUGUCUGAAGAGGUAUUUGGUGGCGUAUGUCCCCGUACAGGUCGGCGUCGUGGUGCAUUUUGUUUCGGUUAAUAUCUAGCGGAAGACAAGCAACACGUGCCAUCUCAGUGAACCCUUUCACAUCCCAAACACUAUCCUUGGACCACCCAUAUCUCGAGGUCCGAGGCAUUUCCUAUGGCCCGAAAUACGUUUCUUCCACCCUACGCAAUCUCUGGAAGGCAUCUAAGAAAAACCAUUUCACAACAUCCUUACCGACAUCUCACCACAUAUGACAAACAACAACGCAAUAGAACAAUAAACAUUCCCCCCCCCCACCCACACACACCUUUUCCCCCACAAAAAACUAAUUAAUUGAAAACGCUGGCCCCAUUAAGAUUAGAUAAGAUAAGAUUCUUUUACUGAUCCAAAUACAUUACAUAAGUAUGUUAGUAACCCCAAAUUUCAUACAAUGUUUUAGUGAAUCUACACUUACACUUUACAUACAGUAGAUUAAUGGCACAUAAAAGAGUUAAAGAUGGCUCCAAACUUGAGAGACCAGAACAACAUACCUUAAAGGCCACUAUAUCAACUAACUAGAAAUCGUGACCUAUGACCUGUUAUAUCUAACUUAUGACAUUUAAAUAGCGUGAUUAAGUUUGCUUCAAACUAGUAAACUGGCAUAAUUUUAAUUGUCCUACAAACUUGUGCUUAACUUUUUCCCGUGUUGUAUAACAUCGUAGGAAGCAUCGAAUGGGCCGACACAAGAUAUGCCCCCGGGUUCAUCAGCCCAACAUUCUAGUGGUGAGACGAAGAUGGAUGACUCGUCUGCUGCAGCAGCUGCUCCUGGUCAGGAAACAGAUCAGUCCACAAUGGCCGAGGAACUGCCCACAGAGAAUUGUAAGCUGUUAAACUGCACCUGCAACGGCACACAACGGCCCCACGCAUAGCAUCAAUCUACACCUGUAACUACUUACAACGUCCCCACACAUGGCAUCAGUCUACACCUGUAUCUGCCUACAACGUCCCCAAUCAUAAAAUCAAUCUACAUUUGUUUUUGCUUACAACGUCCCCCACGCAUGACAUUAAUCUACACCUGUAACUGAAACUACUUACAACGUCCCCACGCAUGACAUCAAUCUACACCUGUAACUUCAAACAACGUUCCCACGCAUGACAUCAAUCACCUACACUUUGACGCCGCAGAGUUACAAGUCCCACCCCUCUCUAACACACCCCAUUCUCGCACGUACACACCCCGCCAUCCACCUCUCAACCAUAUCUCCAUAAAUCCCAACAUAGACUCGCAGAUUACGUUUUAAACAUACACAUAUAUCCUACACGAACACAUCAAAACGUGCACAUUAAAGUACUGCUCACACCCUUUACACAACACACUCCAUCACAGAAUUAACAACAACAAAAAAUCUAUGCAUAACACAAUGAUGUUAUUUUUUUUCCAUCUAUCUUUCUCAGAAACCCAAGGCGCUUAAUCAAAGAGACAAUGUAGUCAAAUGCUGAAUACCAUUAGAUCAAACCUCUGCAUUAUAAUUAUGCUUUGUGCAAAUAAAUCCUAUGAGACUGCCGCCUGUCUGAAAUAAAAGGAAAUAGCCUAGAUA